GCCGCAGAGGAGGAAGGAACCCUGGCAACGCUGUCACAAAGCUAACGUUAUCAGUGCUAAGCCCCUGAAUGCAUCAGCUUUGUCAACAUGCACCUCAGUGUUUAUCCAGGCGACCUACCAAUUGAUAUUUACUUGGUAGCUCCGUCAAAAGCGUGUUAACAAAUUUACAAUGGUAUUUUUUAACGAGCCAAGCUAGCCCAGCUGGCAAACACUUUUUUUUUUUUUUUUUUUUGCUCUCCUUUCGUCGUAGCUUACAAUCAUUUGCCCGAGCUGUUGUUAGCUCAAGCUGGUUGAAUAUGGCGAUUGUGUCUGGCUCCUGUGCUCGGGUGAACGGCUCCAGGAACGGGCCGUCCGUGUCAGCUACGCCUUCUGGAUCCGUGGGACAAUCUCAGCCCAUGAUUGCGGUGUGGGAAUGGCAGGACGACCUGGGGUACUGGCGGCCUUACAGCGGCCAGGUGAGCGCCCACAUCGAGCGGUGUCUGGCGCCGCGGGGACAGAGAGGAGGAGGACCCGGCUCAACGAGCAUCUGCCUCGGACAGUCAGACCCCAGCCUGUCGCCUUAUCUCAUUGACAUACCGAGCCUGAAGCAGUUUCGCCAGGACACAGGAAAGACACGCUCUGUACGUCGCUCCCUGUUCGCCCAGUCCUCAGGCCUCGGCAGUGGGGUCUACUGGGAGUGGGCCAACGACGAAGGAGGAUGGACCCCGUACGAGACUCGAACCUCCAUCCUCUUGGAGCACAGCUAUCAGGCCCGGCAAGGCACGGCAGACUUGGGCCCGCAUGGAUACAAUUACAUAGUGGAUCUCACAUCUCUGGCCCAAGUUAACAAAUCCACGGGUUUCAGACGGCAGGUCCGACGGCAGUGCAACCUCCCCUACCCCCUGGCCUCCUCCGGCCCCCCAGCCAUCCCCUCGGGCCCCGCCUGCUCCUGCCAGCAGUGUUUGAGCCACAGCAGCACAGGACCCAUGCCCAGCCGUUCACGCCAUUCCUUUUCAUCGGGCAGUCUGAAUCGGCCCAGCCUCCAAGGGCCGGGAAGGGCUGUAGCAGCUCACCCCACUUCUGUCUAUUCGCCGUACCCUAGGAGACCCCUCUCUGUCGGGGGGAUGUCCUGGGGCAGCCCCUGGCCUCCAACGCCCUCUGGUAGUCACCCGCCGCUUCUGAGCAGCUCCACCAGUGCCAACGGGUUAAGUGUUCCUUCCAUCUCUGUGCAGCUGAACGGAUCCACCAGUGUAAGCUCUGCCCUGGCAGCCUCUUCUCAGAGACCUGAGGAGGUGAUUCAGCGCUACAUGGAAGUAGUGGCCGGAGUACCGGAUGAGGACUGCAUUAUCUGCAUGGAUCAACUGUCCAAUCCGUCCGGCUACGAGACACCCUCCACAGAGGACGGGGGCCAGAGCAUCCUGCCAGACACCGUGGGGAAAUUCAUCAAGUGUGGACACACCCUGCAUAUGCUCUGCAUGCUGGCCAUGUACAACAACGGAACAAAGGACGGCAGCCUGCAGUGCCCGUCGUGUAAGACAAUCUACGGAGAGAAGACCGGCACCCAGCCCAAAGGCAAGAUGGAAAUUUACAGCAUCGCCCAGUCGCUGCCGGGCCACCCGGACUGUGGCACCAUCCAGAUCAUCUACAGCAUACCACCUGGCAUACAGGGCCCGGAGCAUCCCAACCCGGGACAGCCGUACACCUGUAGAGGCUUCCCGCGCUUCUGUUUUCUACCGGACAACGACAAGGGCAGGAAGGUACUGGAGCUGCUGAAGGUCGCGUGGAUGCGGCGCCUCAUCUUCACCGUGGGAACUUCCAGCACCACCGGCGAGCCCGACACGGUGGUGUGGAACGGCAUCCACCACAAAACAGAGAUGAUGUCCAACUUGUCGGGCCACGGCUACCCCGACCCCAACUA